CACAGUGUAUCCUUGGUGACGCUUCGGAAACGGAAGCUUGAAAAUUGUGUGUUGAACAAAUUUACUGGUAUCCGCUCUGGAUAAAGUGUUUGGUUAAUUUUGGUUAGUUGUUUAAUCUUAUUUCUUCCACAGGUUGAUUAAAUUAUGGGUAUUUCAAGGGAUCACUGGCAUAAACGCCGGGCUACCGGAGGUAGACGAGCUCCAAUUAGAAAGAAGCGAAAGUUUGAGCUUGGUAGACCUGCUGCCAUGACAAAGAUUGGAGCUAAAAGGAUCCACUUAGUUAGAACUAGAGGAGGUAGCUUCAAGCAUCGAGCAUUAAGGUUGGAUCAUGGUAACUUUGCAUGGGCAUCAGAAAGAGUUGCAAGAAAAACCCGUGUUAUUGAUGUAGUGUACAAUGCCAGUAACAACGAAUUGGUUCGUACAAAAACAUUGGUAAAAAAUUGUAUUGUCCUGAUUGACGCAGCACCUUUCCGUCUCUGGUAUGAAUCAAAUUAUGCUCUGCCUCUUGUUAAAAAGAAGACCGCAAAAGCAAUGGCUGAAGCAACAGAUGCCUUAACAAAAGGAAAAAGCAAACGUGUUUUGAGAAAAUAUAAAUUAAGACAAAAGACCGGAAAAGUUGAACCUGCAUUAGAGGAUCAAUUCCAAAAUGGACGUCUAUUAGCUUGUAUAUCUUCACGACCUGGUCAAGUAGGAAGAUGUGAUGGUUACAUCUUGGAAGGAAAGGAACUGGAAUUCUACUUGAGAAAAAUCAAGGCUAAGAAGGGAAAGUAAAUUAAUUUGUAACCGAUUCCUAGCCACAAUAAAGACUAUAUCGGAUUUCUACAAAAUUGUGUACUUUUAUCUUCUCACAAUACAAUGGUGUAAAUUAAUUUAG